GCAAAAUCGUAAUUUUACGAACCCUAACCUAGCAGAAGAGCCACCAUUCUUCUCAUUUUUUUAAGAAUUUUGGUUCAAGUUUUUACAAAUAGAAGAAGAAAGCGACGACUCUUCUUCUUCUUCUUCAUUCUCUUCUGUGCUUCGUCCACUUCUUCUUUUCCCGCUCAGAUAGUUUAACGACAUUAUUCGGCAGUCAAUUUACGCAGCACUGUAGAGCCCACUCAGUCCUCACAGAGAUGAAGUACGUUUUGGUCACCGGAGGCGUCGUCAGCGGCCUUGGUAAGGGCGUAACCGCUAGCAGCGUCGGUGUCGUCCUCAAAGCCUGCGGUCUUCGCGUCACCUCCAUCAAAAUUGAUCCUUACCUGAACACCGACGCUGGUACAAUGUCUCCGUUUGAACAUGGAGAAGUUUUCGUUCUUGAUGACGGUGGAGAGGUUGAUUUGGACUUGGGUAACUAUGAAAGAUUCUUAGACGUGACACUGACCAAAGACAAUAACAUUACUACAGGGAAGAUAUAUCAGUCUGUAAUCGACAAGGAACGACGAGGUGAUUAUCUUGGGAAAACUGUUCAGGUUGUUCCACACAUAACCGAUGCUAUCAAGAAUUGGAUUGAAUCCGUAUCUGUUAUUCCUGUUGAUGGAAAAGAGGGUCCAGCCGAUGUUUGUGUGAUUGAACUAGGAGGGACUGUAGGUGAUAUUGAGUCGAUGCCGUUCAUUGAAGCUCUGCGUCAAUUAUACUUCUCAGUUGGACAAAAUAACUUCUGUCUUAUUCAUGUCAGCCUUAUACCAGUAUUGGGUGUUGUGGGUGAGCAGAAAACGAAGCCUACUCAACAUAGCGUGCGGGAAUUGAGAGCGUUAGGCUUGACUCCAAACUUCUUAGCAUGUCGAUCUGCCCAGCCUUUACUGGAAGGUACAAAACAGAAGCUUUCUCAGUUCUGCCAUGUUCCUAUUGGAAAUAUUCUCAAUAUUCAUGAUGUCCCAAACAUUUGGCAUAUCCCUCUCUUGCUCAAGAGUCAAAAUGCUCACCAUGCCAUUCUUAAGCAGUUCGAUUUACUUGGUGUCGCAGCAUCCCCUGAAUUGCAAGAGUGGACACAAAGAGCGGAAACUUUUGACAAACUGACAAACUCUGUCAGGAUCGCGAUGGUUGGGAAGUAUGUUGGUUUGACAGAUUCCUAUUUAUCCGUUGUGAAGGCUCUGCUACAUGCGUGCAUUGCUUGUUCUUUGAAGCCAUCCGUGGAAUGGAUUGCUGCUUCUGAUCUUGAAGAUGACUGUGCUAUACAGACACCAGAAGCACAUGCUGCUGCUUGGGGGACACUCCGGAAUGCAAAUUGUGUACUGGUUCCUGGUGGAUUUGGUGAUCGUGGUAUCCAAGGGAUGAUUUUGGCUGCUAAAUAUGCAAGGGAGAACAAAGUACCAUACCUUGGGAUUUGCUUAGGAAUGCAGAUUUCUGUGAUUGAAUAUGCUAGAUCUGUGUUGGGUUUGGAAGACGCAAACAGUACAGAAUUUGAUGAUCAGACGCCUAAUCCUGUUGUCAUUUUCAUGCCUGAGGGCUCAAGAACGCAUAUGGGGAGCACAAUGAGACUUGGAUGCCGUAGAACACUGCUUCAAACUCCUGAUUGUGUCACAGCAAAAUUGUACCGUAAUCCAGAGUACGUUGAUGAACGACAUCGGCACAGAUACGAGGUGAACCCUGAUAUGAUUGGCGUGCUGGAGAAAGCUGGUUUAAGAUUUGUGGGGAAAGAUGAAAGUGGUAAAAGAAUGGAGAUCUUAGAACUUUCAGAUCAUCCAUUCUUUGUUGGAGUGCAAUCUCAUCCAGAAUUUAAGUCUCGUCCGGGGAGACCCUCAGCUUUAUUUUUAGGUCUGAUACUAGCAGCUACUGGGCGGUUGGAAGCAUAUAUUAGCAAAAAUCAGAAUGGUAGUGUAUGAAAUAAUAUAUAAGAAGUGAAGUGAAGUGAGUUUGAAAUAUCAUUACAAAUGAUAAAAAGGUAGUUUUAAAGAAACUGUAGCUUUUAAUUUAAUGCAAACUUGUUUUUGAUCCUGAAAUACAUUUAGUUGCUGCUGGAUCUGCUGCAGGCGAAGGGAACUAUUUACGGUUUUGGAGAAUUCCGGGUGUUACAUUCGAGACUUGAUUUGUAUGUGUUUUUUUGUUCUUUGUUUUUUGUUUGUUUGUUUGUUUGUUUGUGUGCACUUUAAACAGUUUUCAUGGUUCUCAACUCAGGUCAACUAAACAAAUUAGGUUUAUAGGUAGAUUAUGGGAAACUGUAUUCUUCCAAAUCUAUCUAAACCCUAAAUCCCAACUUCAGUUUGAAUUUUUAUACAUUUUGUUUCUAUUAUAUUAUGAAUAUUUAAAAUUACAAAAUUUUA